GGUUUUCUAGCACAAGAUGGCUUCUAAGAUUCUUCUUCUUGCACUUCUUGGAGUGCUUGUGUGCACCAUUGAUGCAAGGAAGCUUGGGAGUGAAAAGGGUUUGUUUAAGGAUGAGAAGAAUUUCUUCCAUCAUCCAGGGUUUGGAGGAGGUGUAGGAGGAGGAGGAGGAGGUGGUUUUGGUGGUGGUGGAGGAGGAGGAUUAGGUGGUGGUGCUGGUGCUGGUGGAGGGUUUGGUGGAGGUGCCGGUGUGGGUGGUGGAGCUGGAGGAGGGUUUGGUGGCGGUGGAGGGUUUGGUGGAGGAGGUGGAGUUGGUGGAGGAUCAGGGUUUGGAGGAGGAGCCGGAUUUGGAGGUGGUGCCGGUGCAGGAGGCGGAGUAGGAGGAGGUGGUGGAGGAGGGUUUGGAGGUGGUGGCGGCGGCGGACUAGGCGGUGGUGCCGGAGCCGGUGGAGGAUUUGGUGGAGGAGCUGGGGCUGGAGCUGGAGGUGGAUUUCCAUGA